AUGUGCCGGGUCCUGUCGGCGCGAGAUUCUCUUCUGCCUGAUCAUGUUCCCCGUGGAGCGGUCUUCGGCAGUAGCAACAACAACAACCAUCACAGCCGUGAGUUGAAGAUCAUCAAUAUCGCCGGAAAUGGUGUUUCUGGGAUAUUGUACAAAUGGGUGAAUUAUGGGAAGGGGUGGAGGCCGAGAUGGUUCGUUCUGCAGGAUGGGGUGUUGAGUUAUUAUAAGAUCCAUGGGCCUGACAGGAUUGUGGUCAAUCAAGAGACUGUGAAAGGGUCGACGGUGAUUGGGGAAGAAUCUAUGCGGCGGCUCUCUCGGCACCAAAACAAGCACAAUCAUCAUAGGAAUGGAAGCUGUGGUUCUUCGGCAAGAGAGUGGAAGCCCGUCGGUGAAGUUCAUUUAAAGGUCUCAACUAUUCGAGAGAGCAGAUCAGAUGAUAGGAGGUUCUCAAUUUUUACUGGUACAAAGAGGCUCCAUCUGAGGGCUGAGAGCAGAGAGGAUCGGAUGGCAUGGGUGGAAGCUUUGCAGGCUGUGAAGGACAUGUUCCCAAGGAUUUCCAAUAGCGAGCUAAUGGCUCCUUUGGACAGUUUAGCUGUCUCGACUGAAAGACUGAGGCAGAGGUUGUUGGAAGAAGGUGCGAGUGAGACUGCCAUUCAGGACAGUGAGCAGAUCAUGAGGAUAGAGUUUGCUACACUGCAAAAUCAAUUGAUGGGCUUGAGGCACAAGUAUUGUCACCUCUUGGACACACUGGGCCAGUUAGAGACAGAAAAGGUGGAUCUGGAAAAUACAGUGGUUGAUGAAAGCCAGAGACAGGUAAAUGAUGUUGGGGAAUCCUCUGGAUUAAGACGAGAUAAGUUUAGUGAAAGUACGACUGAAUCUGAAGAUGACAAUGAAAGAAUGGACGCGGCUGAGGAAGAUACGGAUGAAGAAGAUAAUACUUUCUUUGACACCAGAGACUUCCUUUCAUCUAGUUCUCGUAAAAGCAAUGAGUCCGACUUUAGGGCAUCAUCUUUUUCAUCUGAUGAUGAUGAAAUUCAUGCUUUUGAAGCUGAGGAUGGUAUUGAUCCUGCCAUUAUAUUUGCUGGAAAAAACUUUCCGAAUGUUAAGCGUCGAAAGAAAUUACCUGACCCCAUAGAAAAAGAGAAAGGAGUAAGUUUGUGGUCAAUGAUUAAAGAUAACAUUGGGAAGGAUCUUACUAAAGUAUGUCUUCCAGUCUACUUCAAUGAGCCUCUCUCUUCUCUACAAAAAUGUUUUGAAGAUUUGGAAUAUUCACAUCUUCUCGAUCGGGCCUAUGAAUGGGGAAAGAGGGGUAACAGUCUGAUGAGGAUUUUAAACGUUGCUGCAUUUGCUGUUUCUGGAUAUGCGUCUACCGAAGGAAGAAAUUGCAAACCAUUUAAUCCAUUGUUAGGCGAGACUUAUGAGGCGGAUUAUCCAGAUAAAGGACUUCGAUUUUUCUCAGAGAAGGUGAGUCACCAUCCCAUGAUUGUAGCAUGUCACUGUGAAGGUACAGGUUGGAGGUUCUAUGGUGAUAGCAACCUGAAAAGCAAAUUUUGGGGUCGAUCCAUUCAGCUCGACCCUGUUGGUAUUUUAACUCUUGAGUUUGAUGAUGGAGAAGUCUUCCAGUGGAGCAAGGUGACAACGUCUAUAUACAAUCUUAUUCUGGGGAAAUUGUACUGUGACCAUUAUGGAACUAUGCGGAUACAAGGGAAUCGUAAUUACUCUUGUAGACUGAAAUUCAAGGAGCAGUCUAUCAUUGAUAGAAAUCCUCAUCAGGUCCAGGGAGUUGUCCAAGACAAAGGUGGAAAGACAGUAGCUACUUUGUUUGGGAAGUGGGAUGAGAGCAUGCAUUAUGUUGAUGGGGACUGCUCUGCCAAAGGAAAAGCACCUGAAUCUGUUCCGGAGUCUCAUUUGCUUUGGAAACGUAACAAGCCUCCCAAGUUCCCUACGCGUUAUAAUUUCACACGCUUUGCUAUUACACUCAAUGAGCUCAUCCCGGGGCUGAAGGAAAAGCUGCCCCCUACAGAUUCUAGGCUUAGGCCUGAUCAGAGGUGCCUGGAAAAUGGAGAGUAUGAGAUGGCUAAUGCUGAAAAACUGAGGCUAGAGCAGCGGCAACGGCAGGCUAGAAAAAUGCAAGAACAAGGCUGGAAAGCACGAUGGUUCGCUAAAGACAAAGGAUCGGACACAUACCGGUAUGUUGGAGGCUACUGGGAAGCUAGAGAACAGGGAAACUGGGAAGCAUGCCCGGACAUUUUUGGUCAAAUACCUUCCGAUCACUUACUGGACGAGUAA